UGCAAUUCAGCUUUUUUUUUUUUCCCUUUAUGUUUUUGCUUUUUUUUUUUUUUUCCUUUAACAUAAAAAAGCGAAGCCCGCCGCGGAGCCGCGCUUUGAAGCCGCUCCGGUCUGCGCUGCCCAGCCGGAGCCGCGAUGGAGCCGCUGCCCCGGGGCCCCGGCCGCGCCGCCUGGCCGCUGACCUGCCUGGUGCUGCUCUGCCUGCGCUGGCCAGGUGCGGGUGCCCAGGCGGGUCAGAGCUUCCAGCUGCAGCAGCCCCAGACCAAGGUGUCGGUGAACAAGGGGGAGAUGUUCACCCUGCACUGCACCACGUCCGGAGGUGGUCCCCUUGGCCCUGUGAAGUGGCUGAAGGGCUGGGGCAGCGAGAACGAGACCAUUUACGACCAGACGGGCUCUUUCCCUCGUGUGACGAGGGCAGUCAGUGGGUCUGAUGUGGACUUCACCAUCCACAUCAUGGAUGCUCGCCUCGAGGAUGCCGGCAGCUAUUACUGUGUGAAGUUCAGCAAAUCACUGGGUGGUGUUCAGGUGUUUCAGCACGGCAAGGGCACAGAGGUGUCCGUGCACGCCAAACCCAGCCCCCCGGUUGUGUCCGGGCCCCAGCACAGAGCGGGGCCGGGGCAGUCGGUGCCUUUCACCUGCACGGCCGGGGGCUUCUUCCCCAGAGACAUCAGUGUGAAAUGGUUCAAGGACAGGAGCCCAAUUUUGGCUCGGCAGCCCCAGAUCAUCACCCCUGAGCAACUGAAAUCCUCCUACAACAUGUCCAGCACCCUGACGGUGAUGCUGAAGGAGGACGACGUCCGCUCGCAGCUCAUCUGCGCGGUGCAGCACCCCACACUGACGGCCCCGCUGACGGGGACGUACCAGCUCAGCAAAGCCCUGCGAGUUUCCCCCAGUGUCCACGUGGAUGCUGACCUGCCGAGCCUCUCUGAGGUGAACAAGACCGCGAACUUCACCUGCCACGUGAAGGGGUUUUACCCGCGAGGGGUGACCAUCACCUGGCUGGAGAAUGGGACGGAGAUAAAGGUGGAGAACACCUCCCAGCCGGUGGAGACCCCACAGGGCUUGUUUGAGCUGAGCAGCCUGCUGCAGGUCCAAGCGACGGAGGAGAAGAACGGGUCCGUGUUCACCUGCCGAGUGGUGCACGACGCCCAGGACCCCAUCAGCAGGACGGCCACCCUGCGGAUCGCUGCCCCAGCCAGAGAUGGACUGAGCGACUGGUCCCAGACAUAUAAUGGCAAUUUGCUGCUCAUCUAUAUUGUGGUGGGAGUGGUCUGCACUGUGCUGGCACUGCUGGUGGCUGCCAUUCUUUACCUCAUCCGAGCAAAGCAGAGCAAGGGUAAAAGCUCACCAUCUGCUAGGUUACACGAGCCGGAGAAGAGCAGCGAGGCCACUACCCAGGAGUCCGACCCCAACAACCUGACCUACGCAGACCUGAACUUUGACAGAGAGAGGAAGACCAUCCGCCGGAUGGUGGAGAUGAGCCAGCAGUCAGAGUACGCCUGCAUCCAGACCAGCCAGGCACCCACCAGUGAUGACAACCUCACCUACGCCGACCUGGACAUGGUGCACCUCAGCAAGGCACCCAGGCGACCGGCCCCGCGCCCUGAGGAGGCCAGCUCAGAGUAUGCCAGCGUCCAGAUCCCGAGGAAAUGAGCAAGGCUGCAGUGGCUGCCGGGACCCCCUGUCUCACGGGGAGCCGCCCUGCUCCUCUCCAGGAGGGUUUUCUUGGAAGCACCAAGAGUGAUGUGAAGAUGCACUGCGGUACCCGCGUUUUGGGAUGGAAGUGGAGCCACCAAUACUGUGAGGGUUGGCUCCCCCCCACAGAGACCCAGUUUUGGAGGGCAACUUGGUCCUGGGGCUGCCAGCUCCAUCCCUUUGGGGCUGUUCAGCCUUGGGGUGCCAGGUUUGCCUGCCAGCCGCUCCUUGAGAAGCUCCAGCCGGGCUGAGGGGAUGGGGACAGUGACUCUGUGCCAGCUGCCAUGGGGAUGCUGCUGCCUGGCCAGGCUCGCACAGCUUCCCACAGUGCCCUGACCCUGCAGGGACCAGCUGGGGCCCCUGUGCUGCCUUCUGCUGCCGGCACCUGAAAACAAACUUUGGCUUUAAAGGAAGGACCGAAGCGUCCACCUCUCUCUUCCCAAGUGUCCCUUCUGCGGGACUUCUGUCUCGCACCAAGGCCAAUAAGGCUGGGAAGGCUGGUGAGCCGAGCCCCCCUGCUGCAGGCUGUCCCCCAUCCUGCUGCCCGGGGAGGCUCCAGGUACAGCUUCCUGGCACCGAGCAUCCUCCUCCUCCUCGUCCUCUGCACAGCCUUGCCCCACACAGGGACCCACCAGCGCUGCCCCAGGCUUGUACAAAGUGUGCAGCUCCACGCCGGCUGGGCUGCGGGUGCCCCCGCCAGCCUGGCACCCUCCCGGAGCUCCCCACAGGUACUGUGUAACAUGUUUUGACUGUUUGACAUGUAACUAUUAAUUUUUAGAGCUAAACCCCAAUGUUUUGUGUUGUACGUGGGUGUACUGCUGUGUACUUAACACUAGAAUAAGAUGUGCAAAAUUAAGACAGAGGCCUCAGUAAAGACCUCUAAGCCCUGUAGAGUUUCUAAGAGUUUUACAUGGCCCCCCCGCAGCUCUGCUGCGGGGGCCAGGCAGACUCCCCGCAGCCCACCCGUGGGGACAAGUGUCUUCCAUGUGCCACCGCAUCGCUGGCUCCUGCAGCACCCAGGUGGCCUUGCAGCAGCAGGCAGGCAUGGGGCUGGCCCCCCGUGGCUGCUGCGGGGGGGCAGGGGGGCCUGGUGAUGCUUUGAGAAUCAUGUGACUGCUUGUACAGACUUUCCUUUUUUUUUUCUUUUUGCUUGCAAGAUAUUUUUAUAAUAAAAGUGAAGAGUCCUGUGCUGCUCCUGCA